UACAACAAACAACAUAAACGGCGAUAUGAAGUGUAAGGGUAUGUUGAAACACUUUAUAGUCGAGAUAUUUUAUUGGAUUUUGUCCAUUAUUGAUGCAAGACUCUAAUAUAUUAAAUCAGUAUGGAACAAAACUGACAAAUAUGCAAUUUGUGAUAUAUAUUACGCUAACGUAGUAGUUGUAUAAAUUAAGUCUAACGUUAUGUGUUCAGUAGCUUAAGUGAUGUGGGUUUGAUAUACAGAAACUACAAUAUCGCACUUGACCUUUAGUUGAACUACACACCGUUCGUUUGUGUUGUUAGUUUUCGUUAGUGUUCAAUAACAUGGCUGGGGUUCUAACAAAACUGCAUGACGUAUUUCAAGACAUUACCAUAGACGAUAUCAAGGAGUUUUGUAAGGAUAAUGUUAAUAUCAGAACUUGUUUAGUAUUUGGUGUUUGUGUUGGAAUAUGGUGGUUGAUGAGAAAACCCCGAGGGAUCCCCCCAGGUCCAAGAUUUACGUUACCAAUACUAGGAGACCUAUUGUCCCUGGACGGAGGAGACGGUGAUGUGAGAAUAGCCCCAAGACAACUGAGAAAGAAAUAUGGAGAUAUAUUUAGCGUUUAUUUUGGACCGAGAUUAUUUAUAUUCAUUAGUGGUUAUGAUUUGAUUAAAGAAGCUUUAGUGAAAAGGGCCGACGUCUUUAGUAGCAGACCGUCCAUGUUUGUCACCGAUAUGAUCAACCAGAAAAAAGGGAUUAUCCUGUCCUCGGGUCAGUUAUGGAAAGAUCAAAGAAAAUUUGCUCUAGAAACUUUAAGAGAAUUUGGUUUUGGAAAAACGAUACUUGAAGACAAAAUUAAUGAAGAAAUUGGAUAUUUUGUUGAAAUUAUUGGAAACCAGAAGGGUAGACAAUUUGACAUGUGGCGCUUAACCCAAGCCUCGGUAUCCAACGUGAUUUCAUCUUUAGUUUAUGGACAAAGAUUUGAUUAUGAGGAUCCAAUAUUUAAAGAAUUUCUAGAGAAGAUCGAAGAGAAUUUCUCAGCGGUUGGGUCCACAGUUGUGAUGAAUGUCCUACCAUUUCUUCGAUUCUUACCUGGUGAUUUGUUCAAAUUUAAGAGAACGAUGCGUAAUGUUGCGAUCAUUGAGAAGAAGUUGGUUGAAUCAUCUAUUAAUGAUCAUUUGAAGAAUUAUGACGAGAACAACACCAAUGAUUUUAUCAGCAGCUAUAUUAAAGAAAUGAAACUAGUUGAAAAAACUGGUGAAGAAUCCUAUAUAAAUAGGGAGAACUUAGCCAAAUCUAUCGGAGAUCUUUUUGCAGCUGGUACAGAAACAACAUCAACAACUAUUCUAUGGACGAUUCUCUACCUGCUUCAUCAUCCCAGCGUACAAGCAAGGUGUUACAAAGAGAUUCAAGAUGUCGUUGGUUCAGGUCGCCUACCUUCUAUGAAAGACAGGUCAUCUAUGCCAUAUACCGAAGCUGUUCUGCAGGAAGUUUUGAGAAUUGUUAAUAUUAUUAUUAUUGGGAUUCCGCACACUGUUGACGAGGAUAUAAUAUUCCACGGUUAUCAUAUUCCAAAAGGGACUGUAGUCAUUCCAAAUCUUGAUUCAGUUCUGUCAGACGACAAAAUCUGGGGAGAUGCUGAUGUUUUUCGACCUGAAAGAUUCCUGGAUGAAAAUGGACAACUGGUAAAAAGAGAGGAAUUCGUCCCCUUUUCUCUAGGAAGAAGAACCUGUCUUGGAGAAUCUUUGGCUAAAAUGGAAUUAUUCUUAUUUAUGACAACCUUGAUACAAAGGUUUGAAUUUAAACCAGUAGAUCCUAAUAAUUUACCAACAUUAAAAGGUGUUUUUGGAAUUACCCACGCUCCUUCUAAAUAUGAGGUUCGAGCCAUACCCCGAUAAAUGACCAGAUUAUAGAAUCAAGUCAAAGUUGUUAUUUGACUACUGUAUUUAAUAUACAUUUGUGUAUAUAAUAGACAUUUGUGUAUUUAAUAUACAUCUGUGUAUUUAAUAUACAUCUGUGAAUCGUGUAUUAAUAACAUACAGCUUUAUGGAUAACAUGCAUUGGGUUUGUUUCAGAUUGCGACGUGUAACUGAACGUUUAAUUUUUGGGGACGGUGCCAGAGAGGACUUUGUGUCACGGGCGCGGUUACCUGGUCUCCCGCCCCCUUAAAUCCGCGCCUGUUCUCGAUAUUUUUCCAAGGCAUCAAAUACACCCUGGUACACGUGUUGAUUAGUUUAAAAUAUCACCGCUCUAAAAUUUACUCGAAGAUAACUAAAUAUGAAAUCCUUAUUGACUUUGUUGUUCAGAUGUAGCAGAAGUAAUCAUUCAGGGGGUCCAAAGCAUCAUUUCAGUUUCUCAAAUCAAACAUGAGCUGGAGUGAGUGCAGUACUCUUUUGCAUUCAUAUUCCAAAUAAUUUUGUAACAUUUUACUCACGAGGAAAAAUGUUACUUACUUUGUGUAGCCAAUUUAGCCAGGGUUUCACGAUUGUUAAUUUAUGGUUUCUGUUAUUAUUGUUAAAUGUACCUAUAUAUAACGCUUUCACAUUUUCCCCAUUUGUAAAUUUGUAUGCUUGAUAACGACUUCUGAAAUCUUGUCGAAACGUCGUGUGUAUAUAAUAUAGAGAUUGCUAU